AUUAUGUAUAACAAAAGCCGAAUUGUUUGACUACAAUACACGUUUAUUGAUGAAUAAAAUCCAUUUUAUUUAUUAUUUUUCCUCAUUUUGGAAUGUAAGAGCAGUAAAAUUGUAAACUUUGAUCGUGUUUAUGUAUAAAGACAUAAAUUGGAAUGAAGAUGUUGAACUCAUCAAAGUGGUGUAAUUAGGUGUCGAAUAAUCAACACCUUUCUCAAGACAACACUAGUUUCGGUUCUUGAGACCAUAAAAUCUCAUUAGGUGAUUACCAUUCCAGAGUUUACUUCUUUGAAUCGUGCACCCUCAUCGAAUCAUUCAAUCGACUACACUCGAUAAGUUCACAUCGUACAAGGAAUGCCCUUAGACUUUUCAUUUACCAAACAACUGUUGUGUGUUGUGUUUGUGUUGUUAAUCAUCUAUUGGUUGAAAUACGGUUUUCCAUUUGAUAGUGACGAUUUUUAAAAACGAAAAUUUGGAAAGAACGUGUGCGAUUUUAUUUCAUUUAAAUUUUACAUUAAACGCGCCAGAAAAAAUGACACGAAAAGUUUCAUACUUUUAUCAUCCUGAUGUGGGAAACUUCCAUUAUGGUCCGGGUCAUCCCAUGAAACCGCAUCGACUAUCGAUGACGCACAGCUUGGUGAUGAAUUAUGGCCUGCAUAAAAAGAUGAAAAUCUACCGUCCAUACAAGGCUAGCGCACAGGACAUGCUUCGAUUCCAUAGCGAAGAAUAUGUUGAAUUUUUGCAAAGAGUCACACCACAAAACAUACAAGCCGUUGGCUAUACAAAGUAUUUGUCUCAUUUCUCGGUCGGUGACGACUGUCCCGUUUUCGAUGGUCUAUUUGACUUUUGCUCUUUGUAUACCGGUGCAUCAUUAGAAGGCGCUCAAAAAUUGAAUCAUGAACACAGCGAUAUUUGUAUAAAUUGGUCAGGUGGUUUGCAUCAUGCGAAAAAAUUCGAAGCAUCAGGUUUCUGUUAUGUAAACGAUAUCGUAAUCGGAAUAUUGGAACUGUUAAAGUAUCAUCCACGUGUUUUGUACAUUGACAUCGAUGUGCAUCACGGCGACGGCGUUCAAGAGGCAUUCUACCUAACAGAUCGCGUGAUGACCGUUUCAUUUCACAAAUAUGGAAAUUGGUUUUUCCCGGGCACAGGUGAUAUGUAUGAAAUUGGUGCUGAAUCGGGUCGUUAUUAUUCAGUGAAUGUACCGCUAAAAGAGGGAAUUGACGAUCAAAGUUACUAUCAAGUAUUCAAGCCAGUUAUAUCAAAUGUUAUGGAAUUCUAUCGACCGACAGCAAUUGUACUGCAAUGCGGGGCCGACUCUUUGGCCGGCGAUCGAUUGGGUUGUUUUUCACUCAGUAGCAAAGGUCAUGGUGAAUGUGUUAAUUUUGUAAAAGAUUUUAAUGUACCAACACUUGUGGUUGGCGGCGGUGGAUACACACCGCGAAAUGUGGCAAGAUGUUGGGUAUACGAAACAUCAUUGCUUGUCGACGAGCAAAUUUCAAAUGAAAUUCCAAUGAAUGAUUAUUUGGAAUUUUUCGCACCCGAUUUUACAUUGCAUCCAGAGAUUCCAUCACGACAGGAGAAUGCCAAUAGUAAACAAUAUCUUGAAAUGAUAAAUCGUUAUGUGUAUGAUAAUUUGAAGAUGUGUCAGCAUGCCCCAAGCGUUCAAAUGUUUCAUAUUCCGGAAGAUGCCUUGCCACCAGAAGACGAACGAACCCAAGAUGAACCAGACCCAGAUAUUCGAAUCAGUCAAUCGGAUGAAGAUCGCAUGGUUGAACCCCGAAAUGAAUUUUACGACGGUGAUCAAGACAAUGACAAAAUGGAAACGGAAACAUAAUUUUAAUUAACUCAUUUUAAUUAAACUAAUAAAAUGGACUCUUUUUCGAGCA